AUGGACUCCAUAGACAAGAAAGUUCAUGAGAAGUUAGAUGAAGAAGAACUCGAAGAUACAGUAGAGAAUGCAAAACAUUUGUUUGAAGAAGAAGUUAGAAAAAUGCAUGAAAAACAAUUAGAACAUGAACGUGAGAUAUGUUAUGGUUAUAGAGAUUCUCCAUACGAACUAGACCAAUGGGAACAAGAAGAUUUAAAGAGAGAAUUUAGAGAAUAUGAACUCGCUAAGAUAGCAUUAGAAGCUGCAGAAAAGAAGUUAAAAGUUUGGGGUCGUUUUGUACAAAAAUAUUGUGAGUAA